AGAGUUGUUUUUGUCCGGAGCUAUAAUUAAUUUAAACUGAAAACAUCUUUCAAAAACAUCCAAGCUGGGUACUUUUCAUUGAAAUGAAGUGAGGCUUUUUCAAAAUACAAUGGCUUUCUGUCCGGAUGACCCCUGGGUGGACGCUGAUGGCUACCAAGACGCGUAUGAGGAUGAUUGGAGCUAUGGGGGAGCUGCAGAUGAAGAUUUGGCUAUGCCCGACGGUGACCAGCAGAUGGAAGGCGCCAACGGCAAAGCGUCCAUGUUCGCAGUGACAGGAAAUGCAGAGUGGAGAGGCGAACAUUACAGACGUCAUAGACGACUGAAAAAUCCCUCGGCCUGUGAAGAUUUGCGCUUGGCUAUUCGCAGUGGCUCGAUUGAGGGUGUAGAAGACGUUCUCAAUACCUGUGACGAUUUUCACGUGGACGAUGUACUGCGCAAUGGCGUGACUGCACUGUCUACGGCUGCUGAUGCUGCGCAGCUAGAAGUAAUGAGGCUGCUGUUGCGCUACCGUGCCAAUCCAGAGCCGGAUCAAUCCGGAUUUGACUGUUCUCGAUUAGCCCUGAUAGCAGCAUGCAACAGCACGUCCGCUAACCAUGCACAGGUCGAGCAGUGCGUCGGACUUCUCAUUUCGAGUGACGUUGACGUUAGCAAGUGUGACACGAAUCUUACUUCACCGCUGAUGUACGCUAGCCGCAGUGGGCGCCUUGGUGUAGUGCGACUGCUACUGCAACACGGUGCAGACGUCAACUCUACAGAUGGGGACGGCUGGACAGCGUUGUGCUUUGCAGCGCAUGCUGGACACCUAGAAAUAGUGCAAGUGCUUCUGGAAAGUGGAGCUGAUCCGAAAUCAGCAUGUAAUGAUGGCCAGCUAGCAGAGGAUUUGGCGUUUGCUGCUCAACAUAGUCAGGUUACUGAUUACCUAACAGCAGUGGUUAGUGGCGCAACACCAGCUGUGCCAGAGAGUUAUUCACCGCCUAAACAGAGUACAUUGGAGGACGACCUAGCGCGGCAAAAAGAGGGUGGUAUCUAUCAGUAUGGCGAAGCGGACUCCUUCUUGAAUAACCUUUCUUUGUCGCAUGUUGCCGAGACACUCAGAGCCAAAAAGACCACACUUGCCCAGCUAUUGCUGAUGAAUGAAGCUGAAUUGGAAGAGGCGGGUGUGAAUCAAGUUGGCCCUCGCAUGACUAUCAUUGAACAAGCUACCAAGACUAUACUGGCAAUGUGGGAGCAGCAGGUGCCUGAUGACGACCUCAAGAAAAGGCAGAUUUUGCAAAAGGAAGUGACGGACGACGUUGCGCGGAGAAUAAUGGCUAACCUAGCCGCUCAGGCAACGUACGCAUCGACCACGUUAUCCUAUCUUCAGGCACAGCUGCCUGGUGCACUGUCAACGGCAAACGAUCAAUCGCAGAUUGAAGACUCAUUUUCUGCCUUGACUGAAGCAUUGGAUGUAGCAGGAGAUAUCCAGAACGAAUGUGGAAAGCUGCACAGUCAUAUCUCACAGGUGACAGAGGAGAAGCGCAGCAAUCUUCUGUUCUGGAGUGCAACUGGUGUAUCCAGUCUACUAGCUGGUGGCGUAAUCCUGUAUUAUUUCAGUGAUAGAAUACCAUCAUUGGCAGUGCCGCUGUCCUUCCGUUAACCCAGCCCCAGAAUAGGCAUCCGCUUUGCUGACAACAUGCAUUGGUUUUAGGAUAGUUUGAGUUGUGUGUACUAUGUGUGCUUGCCACACUGCUGCUUGACCCAACAAUGUACAUUGUAGUGCCUGUUCUGUGUGUAUGUGUUUCCCCUCCGCACCGCUGCUGCUUGUGCUAUGAUACUUAUUCCACUGCAUUCCUCUCUCUCUUUUUUUCUCCCUCUCUCUCUCUCUCUCUCUCUCUCUCUCUCUCUCUCUCUCUCUCUCUCUCUCUCUCGCUCCCCCCCCCCCCCCCCCCUCUCCCUCCAUUGCUGGCAGGUUCCUUGCAAAUGGUCAAACAUCUUUCGCCCGUCAUUAUCACAACCAACCGUACAUACCCACACACCGAUGUAGAAACCACUCCACUUUGCUCUUUUGAUUGCAUGCUUGCUCAAAUUUGAUAUACUUGAUGUGGACCAUCCAGCUCAAUUGCUUUUUAGAAUACUAUUCAUUUCUAAUUGUCCGCAAACUCCAACACAGCCGCUUACACAUUUAGGAAACUUCCCUUCUCGA